AUGCCUACAAUAAAACUACACCCUCACUGCUCCAGUCCAGCAAAAGCAACUGCGACCGACUCCACACCGAAUAACCCCCUUCCUACGCUCCUCCAAACACCCUCAGGCCUAGCCCUUCUGGAGCUUCAAGGCACGAUCAAUGUCCCCUCAUCAGGGAACGAGGAUGAGGACAGCAUGAUGGACAGUACCUCUACAAACAACGAUCUAGCUUCAACCUUCGAAACGCCGAUCGGCAAGCUCAUGUUCCCAGACUACUCAAUUCACAACCCGGAUGACACAAGAUGGAUGAAGCGCGCUUACCUCUACGUCGGCCGAUACCAGCGAAUGACUGGGGAAGUCAAGAAGCUUCCACGUCCAAUUGCCGUGCUGCGGAAACGCCGUGGGUCGGAGGAGGAGGAACUGGAGGUUGUGGAAAUUGUGCGCUACAAGAUUUUCUUCAAGAGCCGACCGGAGCCCGUGACCAACGUGUGA